GUGCACCCUUGUUCUAGUAGGUACCUAACCUAAUCCAACUUCAGGUUAAGGAUAAAGAACUUGAUCGUUUCUUACCAUUGAAUAACUAUUUCGACUCCUUGCCGAUAAAAUAUAACAACGAUACGAAGGAUUCAUAUACACCUACAUCUAUAGGUACCUAAUACUCGAAAUCAAAGUCGAACAAGAGUUCUGCGACAGCAAGGGAGAAAGAAGUCUAGGAAAUAGAGACACUUGUUGGUCUCGUAGGUACGUGUUGAUCCCGAAACACCAACACCACCUUUUUUCUUCGGGCGCACAGCAAAAUUCAUCAUGUCCUAUCCGCCUCCUCCAGGCUCGAACUCCCUACCACCGCGCCCACCACCAUCGCGCGUCUCCGGCUUCAAGCCCGCCUUCCCCUCGGCGGCGCCGCCACCAACCCACACACCGAGCCCCGGUGCCGUCGCCAAUCCAUACGGUGCACCACCAUCCGCCUACUCUAGCGCUCCGAGCUAUGCCAGCGCCCCAGCUGCCCGCUAUGGGGCUCCCCCUCCCUCCACGUCUUCGUCGUACCAAUCAUACGCGCGACCGGGUUCCGUGACCGGCGGAUAUCAGCAGCAGCAAUCAUCCUACCAAUAUCCAGGCCAGCCAGGCCAGCCAGGCCAGCAGCCGGGCUACCAGCAGAACUACUACGGUGCCAGUGCCGCCCAAGCAGCUCCUAGUACCGCCUCCUAUGCCGCCCCACCCCAAAUCCGCAAUCCCUUCCCCGCGCCCUCGCAGGCAAGGACCGAUGACUAUGACCCGGACAUGGCGGCUCAGAUUGCUCAAUGGCAGAGUGCCUACGUAAAAGAUCCCACUAGGGAAGGGGGUGCUGCCCCCGCACCGGGAGCUGGAGGACGAGGUGGUUAUGCAAAUGGUGCGAUGACUUACACGGCGGAACCAAGCACCAACCCUGCGGCCGUGGCAGCAGCAGCAGCAACCGCCGCCGCGACCGCCGCCGAGACGGCAGCGAACCCAGACAAGAAAAAGACGGUAGUACGGGCAGGCGGUGGACAGAAAUGGACGGACGACACGCUCCUCGAAUGGGAUCCCUCACAUCUACGUCUCUUCGUCGGUAACCUGGCCGGCGAGACCACCGACGAAUCCCUCUACAAGGCCUUCUCCCAAUGGAAAUCGCUGCAGAAAGCGCGCGUCAUCCGCGACAAGGUGACGUCCAAGUCCCGGGGCUACGGCUUCGUGUCCUUCAGCGACCCGGAUGAGUUCUUCCAGGCCGCCAAGGAGAUGAACGGCAAGUACAUCCAGAGCCACCCGGUCGUCGUCCGCAAGAGCACCACCGAGAUCAAGCCCGCCGUCGUCAAGGACAGCAAAUGGCACCGGAACAACAAGAACAAAAACAAGAAUAACCGGAACCGAGGGAAUGGCGGAUCCGGAGCCGGAAAUGGUGGUGGCAAGCACGAGGAUGGCUUCGAGCCACAUCUUGGUCCUACGCCAGCCGGUGUGCACAAACCGGGCCAGAAGACGAAGGGGGGGUUGAGAUUACUGGGUUGAGUGAGGUCCUUGCGAGAGCAGGACCAAGCUCGUCUAUACCGAACUCGCAUACCCACUUCCCCGUCCAUCUACUUAACCUUACCUACCUACCUCCCUAUAUCAAUAAUGCCUGCCUCUUAGGUGUUGAAGAGAUCAAUCUCACAGGAUACCAUACCACACCAUGCCAAAUCAUACCAGCCAACUGCUACCCAAAGCCCCUUGCCUAGGUACCACAACCAUAAGACAAGACCAAAAGAAAGAAAGAAAGCUUUCCUUCUGCACUAGGUAGAAACCUUCCAGGUAUAUGUUGUACAUAACUUGUACACACGUGCGUACUCGAUACCUAUUAAUAGACCUUCAAGUGAAAUGAAACCAUACCUGCUAGGUACAUGAACACACAA